AUGUCAACCGAGGACCCAAUACGCGGCCAAGACACAAGGUGCUUGGAUGCAGAUGACUUCUCUGAAGAACUACAUCCUUUUCUUCCCUCGCAAAGCGCCAGACAGAAAUUGCGCUUCACCGGCACCAAGCACCACAUCUACCUUCUCUUCUUCAUCCUUGCGGGCCUCGACUCUACCGUCUUUGUGCUCAAUCUUCCCCUGACGCGGGUCUACGAAAGCAUAGCCUGCUACCAAUACUUUUCUACCCACGAGCCUCGGCGGUUUUCGAAUCCGGGGUCCAUCCCGGAGCAGGAAUGCAAGAUUGCGUCUGUGCAGGAAGAGUUGGCGCGUGUCAAGGGGAUUGAGUUUUUAUUCAUGAUGGUACCAGGUCUACUUCUUGCGAUACCGUACGGAAUACUGGCAGAUCGAUGGGGACGUCGGCCUGUUUUGCUACUCUGUUUGCUGGGUUUAGCAUUGGCGAUUGCUGGCGUGCUGAUGGUUUGCUGGUUUUGGUGGUUGGUCCCGUUGAGGUUUGUGUGGUUAUGUUGGCUACUCACGGGCAUUGGUGGCGGGCCGGCAGUUCUGAGUUCAACGAUUUACACCAUGCUCGCCGAUAUUGUCAGUCCAGCAAAGAGGGCAAACACAUUCUUGCAACUGACCGUGGCCGUGCUCAUAUCGCAAGCCAUCUCUACACCCCUUGCGUCUGUUCUCAUGGCCAACUAUGGAACAACAUUGCCGAUUGCAUUUGGAUACGGACUCGGACUUAGCGUGUGUUUCAUGUGUUCAUUUGUCCCAGAGACGGUUCAUCUCGGCACCUCCAAAACUGCAGAGGAGCUGUCAUUCGAUGAGGCCGCAAUAGCUUCAUCGCACGUCACGAAACAGAACUGGAAGGCGAGAAUCAUCGGGCUCUUCUCGCCGAAGACCAGCGGUCUGAGCCUGUGGCUGCUUUCGCCAACCUUGCUCGCCUCACUGGCAAUUCUCUUCGUGGACAGCUUCAACGCCUCAACAAUCAAUCUCUUGGUUCAAUAUACGUCCAAGAAGCUGUCCAUACCAAUCUCCAGCGUCGGCUCACUAGUCACCAUUCGAGCAGCCAUGACAAUAAUUGUCAUUCUCCUCGUGGUGCCAUACAUUGGAAGGAGGCUCGAAACGAAAUGGAGGUUGGACAGCCACUCUCGCGACCUUUGGCUUGCACGGAUAACAAUGUCCAUCUGUCCAUUCGGCUUUGCGCUGCUGGCCAUGGGCCAAUCUGUAAUUGCAAUUGCAGUCGGCAUGGUCCUCGUUGCCACAAGCUGGGCUUGUUGCAGCAGUUUGGUGAGGAGUAUUGCGACGGCCAUGGUGAGCCCAGAGAGGACAUCCGGGCUCUAUGCUGUCAUCAAUGUCUUCCAGGCGGUGGGUGCUUUGGUUGGGAACCCGCUGCUGGCAGAGCUGCUGGCGGUGGAUGUUAGGUCUGGUAAUGGUUGGAUAUCGUUGCCAUUUGGGCUGGCAGGAGUGUUGAGUAUUUUGUCGUGUGCCAUCAUUUGGGCUGUGAGGCUGCCUCCCACGACGGGAAGCCAGCGUGGGCUGUUCCUGCGUGGUGGUGAUGCCGAUGUAUUGUAA